CUGGAGACCGAGGCUGGGCAGCCUGAAGACCUUCAGGAGGAGGCCUCUCCUUCAGCCGGAGGGAACAUGGCAGCGAACCAAGGAGUGGGGACCUUUUACUUUGUCCUCCUGCUGUGCUGCUGGCACGAAGUUAAGACCUGGCACAUAAGAAGAAAUGCAGGUUCAAAUUUUGAACAGCCAUCAACUUUUAAAAACCUGGAUAACAAUAUAACCACGGUAUUUGAUGAAAUUCUAGCCCAGGAGAUUUUGCAUCCGAAUAACCCAACAUUUUUUGAAAAACAAAAACCACUAACAACACCACCAGGAACAACAAACAAAAAAAAAGAGGAGGCAGAAACAAUGUAUCAGAUUAAAAGCCUAGGAGCUACAGAAAAAAUCAUUCACAACCUUCGAAGAUCUUUAGGAGAAAGUCUGAAGCGAAAAAGAAGGCUGCACAAAAGUAUGUUGACAGCCAGCUACUAUAAGGAGAAACCGAGCCUGGACUAAUAACUAAGAUCACCUGAGAAACCAUGCACACUCACUCCCAUUCUCAACGAUAAAAAUGAAAUAGAAUUACUAACCAUUUUGUAAAAAGGAAAAUUGUUUUAUUCAAGGAGUUCCAAAUAAA